UCUAAUGUCAGCCAAUCAGUGUGUUGAUACUGUUCCUUGUGCUAGCAAGCGAACUAGCUACACGCGACCGCCUUGCUUUCUAGUACUUUCUACGAAUAUAUUUAAAAUUUUAUUUCGUUCUGAGUAAUAAUACUUAGUCCUGCGAGACAUAUUACCCAGUCGCGCUUGUACAACACGAAACUAAAGCGAUGACGGGCUGUAACGAAUACAAGCUAAACCAGGGGCCAGAAGACAGCAUCUCUGCUGUGAAGUUCAGCCCCAGCACUGCUCAGUUCCUCUUGGUUUCCUCAUGGGACUGCACAGUCCGCCUCUACGAUGUGGGAGGAAACACUAUGAGGAUGAAGUACCAGCACACAGCUCCUGUUCUUGAUUGUGCUUUUUAUGACCCAACGCAUUCUUGGAGUGGGGGUUUAGAUUCCCAGUUAAAGACUCAUGAUUUGAACACAGACCAAGAUACAAUAGUUGGAACACAUGAUGCCCCCAUUCGUUGUGUGGAGUAUUGCCCAGAGGUUAACGUCAUGGUAACGGGCAGCUGGGAUAGAUCAGUACGACUGUGGGACCCGCGGACGCCCUGCAACGCUGGCACCUUCACUCAGCCUGACAAGGUUUACACCCUCUCUGUGGCCGGAGACAGGCUGAUUGUUGGCACAGCAGGAAGACGGGUGUUGGUGUGGGAUUUGCGGAAUAUGGGUUAUGUACAGCAGAGAAGAGAAUCCAGCCUCAAGUAUCAGACUCGUUGCAUCAGAGCCUUCCCCAACAAACAGGGCUAUGUGUUGAGUUCAAUCGAAGGCCGAGUAGCUGUGGAGUACCUGGAUCCGAGCCAGGAGGUUCAGAAGAAGAAAUAUGCCUUUAAGUGCCACCGGCUAAAGGAGGAAGGAAUUGAACACGUCUACCCUGUCAAUGCCAUUUCUUUUCACAGUGUUCACAACACCUUUGCUACAGGUGGCUCAGACGGCUUUGUGAAUAUCUGGGAUCCAUUCAACAAAAAGCGCCUGUGUCAGUUCCACCGCUACCCAACUAGCAUUGCUUCCCUGGCUUUCAGCAAUGACGGCACCAUGCUCGCCAUUGCCUCGUCCUACAUGCACGAGAAAGGAGACAUCAGCCACCCAGAGGACGCCAUCUUUAUCCGUCAGGUCACAGAUGCUGAGACAAAGCCCAAGUCGACCUAAAACUGAAGUGUACUGGACUCCUUCACCAUCCUGGGUUUCUGUUGGCAUCCUGUGCUUUAUCUGCAUCACUCUUUACUUGUGAUGUAUGUUUGCUAUAACCUACAUGGUAAAUAUUUCUUUGUUUCUUGUGUUGUCUUGUUUUUUCUUCAGUGAAGCUGAUUUAAACUUAAAUACAUUGUCUUGAGCUUAUUUCCUUAUGUUUAAAGUUGUUACUGUCCUUUACUCCUUGUUUUAUUACUGAUUGAUGGGUAAAGUUGAUAUAUGAAUGAAAAUAAAACCUUUUCAUAAACUUCGA